GAUUAGAGGGUGGACUAAAAUUGAUUAAAGACUUCACUUCCAAUGCACUGUAGUUGUUUCCUAAAUUUUUAGUGGAAAUACUCAUAAAUUUGAUGCGGACUUUUUGGGCAAAAAAUGUCAUAUUUUAGGCUAUUCAAAUCCACACUUUUUGGGACGUGUUGGGUCAGCGGGCCAAUUUAUAGUUGAUCGGGUUGAGUAGAAUCUAAAGACUUAACGAUCCAAUUUUAACAAGUCCUUCAGAUCUAAAGUGGAAUCGCAAUUUUAAUAACGAUGGUAAGAGAGGAUAUGUUACAUUCUUACACAUGCAUGCAUAAUGCUAGGAAAACACCAUAUACUGAUAAUCUGAUAUACAUAUGUAUCCUGCAUUGUAGCUGUGAAUCUUGCAAUAAACAAUGUAUCAUGAUCCCAAUUCCCAAGGCAUCAAAUUAAAGUCUAAUUAAACACGAAAAGAUGGCGCCGAGUUGAAAACAUGUGCUUAAUUAGAAGAUUUAGAUGUAAUUAUAAGUAGGGUCUUGCAUGUGUCAAUUAAUUUGAAGUAAUACCCAUAUUUAACACGAGGGAAUCUGCUCUAAUGCACAACAAUUAAGCGCGUCUAAUAAAAAACUAAAAUACUUGGUGUAUGGAAGCGGAAUAUUGUGCAUAACGUACUGUAGAUUGUCUGCAUCUAUAUAAAACCCUCCUCUGCAUUUCGUUUUUUCACAAAAAAAGAACAAAACAAACAUAUAUACUCUGACUACUAUAUAUUGAUUGAUUUGAAUCAGUCUUAUUCGAGUUUAAUCAUCAAAAGACGAUAAAAACAGAAGCAGAAAUGUAUUCCCUUCCAGAAAAUUUUAGAAUUGCUAAUAAUGCAGCUCCUGUUACAUUUCCUGCUGCUGAUAGUAACAGGCAUACUGCGAGUAGCUGGUCAAAUAACUUCCCAGAAAGUAGGAGGGUUUUUAUAGAUGCAGGUGCUGCUUCAUCUUCAAAAAUGGCCAAGUUGAAAGAGGUUAUUUCCAUCCACUCAUCCGCCAAAUGGAGGGAAUAUUUUCAAGCUUCUAAGAAGUCCAAUAAGCUGAUUGUGAUAUACUUCACGGCGACAUGGUGUGUACCUUGCCGGGCAAUGGAGCCAACUAUCAAAGAAUUGGCUGCAAAUUACAUUGAUGUCGACUGGGUCAAGAUCGAUGUAGAUGAGUUAUUUAAUGUAUCUUGCGAGUAUGGAAUACAAACAAUGCCAACAUUCAUGUUCAUGAAGAAUGGAAAUGUGAUCGAUAAAGUUGCUGGUGCAAGAAAGGAACAACUUCAGAGGAAGAUUGAGAAAUACAGGGCACAUUAACAUAUAUUAUUAAUUAGACUACUACUACGUGGUACUAAAAUAAUACUCUACUUCCUAUAAAAGAAUAAUUAUCGCCAAAAAGAUGAAUUAGGUUGGUCUCUAAUUUCGUUAAUACUUUUGUAGGGGAUUCUUUUUGUCGAUUACUUGCUAGAGUGUUGUGAUUCAGUAAUUCCUAGAUUAGUUCAAAUAUUAGAUGUUUGAACUUCAGUUGAUCUAAAAAUAAAAUUUGAGGCUUAGGAAUUUCUUUCAAAUUACCCCACUCGGAGGUCCAAUAUUUGUGGUGUACUCUGUAUUUCUAUUGUAUACUCGCCCCGUCUCAGAUUAUUUGUUACACUUUUCUUUUUUGUCUGUCCCAACUUAGUUGUUGCAUUUCUAAAUGAUAAAUGACGCCACAUUAUUAUA